UUUGAGGUCGAUACUUCCGGGUCACUGGGAGAGUGCGGGAUUCCGGGGCCGAGAGCGGGUGGCGGAUCCGGGACCUCGCGUGAUUCUCGGAACCCGAGCAGGAGCAGCGUCUGUGGCUAUGGCUGUGACUCUGGACAAAGACGCUUAUUACCGGCGAGUGAAGAGACUGUACAGCAAUUGGCGGAAAGGAGAAGAUGAGUAUGCCAGCGUCGAUGCCAUUGUUGUAUCAGUGGGUGUCGAUGAAGAAAUCGUUUAUGCCAAAUCAACUGCCUUGCAGACAUGGCUCUUUGGUUAUGAACUAACUGAUACUAUCAUGGUCUUCUGUGACGACAAAAUCAUCUUUAUGGCCAGUAAGAAGAAAGUGGAGUUUCUAAAACAGAUUGCCAACACUAAGGGCAACGAGAAUGCUAAUGGAGCCCCUGCCAUCACACUGCUGAUACGGGAAAAGAAUGAAAGCAAUAAGAGCAGCUUUGACAAAAUGAUUGAAGCCAUUAAAGAAAGCAAGAACGGCAAGAAGAUCGGCGUGUUCAGCAAAGACAAAUUCCCUGGAGAGUUCAUGAAGAACUGGAAUGACUGCCUCAACAAAGAGGGCUUUGACAAAAUAGAUAUCAGUGCAGUUGUGGCCUAUACCAUUGCUGUCAAGGAGGAUGGGGAGCUCAACCUAAUGAAGAAAGCAGCUAGCAUCACCUCUGAGGUCUUCAACAAAUUCUUCAAGGAAAGAGUCAUGGAAAUAGUUGAUGCAGAUGAGAAAGUUCGACACAGCAAACUGGCUGAGUCUGUGGAGAAGGCCAUUGAAGAGAAAAAAUACCUAGCUGGGGCAGACCCUUCUACUGUGGAAAUGUGUUACCCUCCUAUCAUUCAAAGUGGUGGCAACUAUAAUCUCAAGUUCAGUGUGGUGAGUGACAAGAAUCACAUGCAUUUUGGGGCCAUCACUUGUGCCAUGGGUAUUCGCUUCAAAUCUUACUGCUCCAACCUUGUUCGCACUUUGAUGGUUGACCCUUCUCAGGAAGUUCAAGAAAAUUACAACUUUUUGCUCCAGCUUCAAGAGGAACUGCUGAAGGAAUUAAGACAUGGUGUGAAGAUAUGUGACGUGUACAAUGCUGUCAUGGAUGUGGUUAAAAAGCAGAAGCCAGAGCUGCUGAACAAAAUUACCAAAAAUCUAGGGUUCGGAAUGGGAAUUGAAUUCCGUGAAGGCUCUUUAGUAAUUAAUAGUAAAAAUCAGUACAAACUGAAAAAAGGGAUGGUUUUCAGCAUCAAUUUGGGAUUCUCAGAUCUGACAAACAAGGAAGGGAAGAAACCAGAAGAGAAAACCUACGCUCUCUUCAUCGGUGACACGGUGCUCGUGGAUGAGGAUGGCCCAGCUACUGUUCUCACUUCUGUGAAGAAGAAAGUGAAGAACGUGGGGAUUUUUCUAAAGAAUGAGGAUGAAGAGGAGGAGGAGGAGGAGAAAGAUGAGGCCGAGGACCUGCUGGGGAGAGGUUCUCGGGCAGCAUUACUUACAGAAAGAACACGAAAUGAGAUGACUGCAGAAGAGAAACGAAGAGCACAUCAAAAAGAACUGGCAGCUCAACUCAAUGAGGAAGCAAAGAGGCGACUGACAGAACAGAAAGGAGAACAACAGAUUCAGAAAGCUCGCAAAUCUAAUGUGUCCUAUAAAAACCCGUCUUUGAUGCCUAAGGAACCACAUAUUCGGGAAAUGAAGAUCUAUAUUGAUAAGAAAUACGAAACUGUGAUAAUGCCUGUGUUCGGUAUCGCGACGCCUUUUCACAUUGCCACGAUCAAGAAUAUAAGCAUGUCCGUGGAAGGAGAUUAUACUUACUUGCGAAUCAACUUCUAUUGCCCAGGCAGUGCUCUGGGCAGGAAUGAGGGCAACAUCUUUCCUAACCCAGAAGCCACUUUUGUCAAGGAAAUUACGUACCGAGCUUCAAAUAUGAAGGCACCUGGAGAACAGACAGUACCAGCCUUGAACCUCCAGAAUGCUUUCCGGAUUAUAAAGGAAGUGCAGAAGCGCUAUAAGACCCGGGAAGCAGAAGAGAAGGAGAAGGAGGGCAUCGUGAAACAAGACUCCCUGGUGAUCAACCUCAACCGGAGUAAUCCCAAACUGAAAGAUCUGUACAUUCGCCCAAACAUUGCCCAAAAGAGGAUGCAGGGUUCGCUGGAGGCCCACGUCAAUGGCUUCCGCUUCACGUCCGUCCGAGGAGACAAGGUGGAUAUCCUGUACAACAACAUCAAGCACGCUUUGUUUCAGCCGUGCGACGGAGAGAUGAUCAUCGUCUUGCACUUUCACCUCAAGAAUGCCAUCAUGUUUGGGAAGAAGCGGCACACAGAUGUGCAGUUCUACACGGAAGUGGGAGAGAUCACCACGGACUUGGGCAAACAUCAGCACAUGCAUGACCGAGAUGACCUCUAUGCUGAGCAGAUGGAACGAGAAAUGAGGCACAAACUGAAAACAGCCUUUAAAAAUUUCAUCGAGAAAGUAGAGGCCCUAACUAAGGAGGAACUGGAAUUUGAAGUGCCUUUUAGGGACUUGGGGUUUAAUGGAGCUCCUUACAGGAGUACUUGCCUCCUUCAGCCCACUAGUAGUGCGCUGGUAAAUGCUACCGAGUGGCCGCCUUUCGUGGUGACCUUGGAUGAAGUGGAGCUGAUUCACUUUGAGCGGGUUCAGUUUCACCUGAAGAACUUUGAUAUGGUGAUAGUGUACAAGGACUACAGCAAGAAAGUCACCAUGAUCAACGCCAUUCCUGUAGCCUCCCUAGACCCCAUCAAGGAAUGGCUGAAUUCCUGUGACCUAAAGUACACAGAAGGAGUGCAGUCCCUCAACUGGACUAAAAUCAUGAAGACCAUUGUCGACGACCCCGAGGGCUUCUUCGAACAAGGUGGCUGGUCUUUCCUAGAGCCUGAGGGUGAGGGGAGUGAUGCUGAGGAAGGGGAUUCAGAGUCUGAAAUUGAGGAUGAGACUUUCAAUCCUUCAGAGGACGACUAUGAGGAGGAGGAGGAGGACAGCGAUGAAGACUAUUCGUCAGAAGCCGAAGAAUCAGACUAUUCCAAGGAAUCACUGGGCAGUGAAGAAGAGAGUGGAAAGGAUUGGGAUGAACUGGAGGAAGAAGCCCGAAAAGCGGACCGUGAAAGUCGUUACGAGGAAGAAGAAGAACAGAGUCGAAGUAUGAGCCGGAAGAGGAAGGCAUCUGUGCACAGUUCAGGCCGUGGCUCUAACCGUGGUUCCAGACACAGCUCUGCACCCCCCAAGAAAAAGAGGAAGUAACUUCUGAACUUUGGUCCUCCGCUCCAUUCUUUAUCCAGCCAACCCCUACAAAUUUUACAUGACAUAGAAACU